AUGCCGUGCCGGGCAGCACUGGUGGCAGUUCUGCCAUCAGCUGGCUUUGCCAUCUCGUUCCUCCAAACUCGUUCAUAUCGUUCAUCUAGACGCGUCCUGAUGGGCGAUGUGAGCCUCCUGGACCGCGAGAGCUUGGAAGAUGAGCUCAUGCCUGAUGCCAACAGUGACUGCAAGGGCGCGGAGGAGGGAACCGCUUGCUACAAGUCUGUGACCUGGCUCCGCCAGGAAGGCUUCUCAAAGAACCCCGAUUGGUACCAGGGCUACAGCAGUGAGUCCACUUUCGAGGAGGUGCAGGACAUGCUUUAUGGCCUCGGCAAGGCGAAUUGCCCCAAGCCUUGUCUUGGCCCGAGCCCUCUCGCCCUCUUCAAAAAUCAGCCCAAGUUCGACUGCCGGGACACGAUCAAGGGCGACGUGUGCUACGCUUCAGUAACUUUUCUCAAGGAGGUUGGCCUCGAAUUGCACCCUGACUGGUUUCCGGAGCUCCAUGCCGACUCCAGCAUGUCUACGAUCCAGGCGGAGUUGCACCGCAUGGGCAAGGCCGAUUGCCCAUUGCCCUGCGCGCUGACCGAUGAGGACAAAAGGAACGCUCUCUGGGAUAUGAAACACGCCGAUGAGCUGAAGCAGGCUGGGUGCAAUGAUGCGCUACCAGGCACACAGUGCUACAAUGAUGUUACCUACGGUAUGUCAGAGGGCAUUAAGAACUACCCCUGGAUGUACGAGGGCCUCACGGAGGCUUCCACCUUCCACACUGUCCAGGAACACUUGUACCUCAACAACCGAUCUUUCUGUGACAGGCCAUGCCCCGAGAAGCUGCUAGACCUGGACCUGUUAGCCAAACACCCCGAGCAGUUCCGCGAGAAGAAGAGGGUCCAGGACAUGAGCAUUAAGGAGCUGAACGAUUACUUCAACGGCGACUGGGACGGCUAUGUGGCUAGGGAGUUCCGUGCUCAAGACUACCAGGCUGGUGAGUACCAGAAGGCCAAGUACAGCACGUCAACAACUAUUAGGCCUGAAGAGGCUAUGUCCUUGCCGAUGGUUGUCGAGGAGAGCACGGAGACGGCCAGUCACGCCCCAGAGGAGGUGGCCAAUGCCACGGGAGUCGACGCGGAGAUGGCCGAUGCCGCCACACAGCAGUCAGCCUCUGCUUCCACCCAGGGCUCAGAGUUGAAUCUCACGGAGGCUACGGCUCCGCCGCAAGUUGACUCCGACCCUGUGUACGAGCCAGCCUUGAACGUGUCCGAGGAGCCCGCGGAGGCCGAGCCAGCCUUGAACGUCACGGAGGAAGAGGAGGAGGCGAGUCUCCCCAAAGAGGAGACGAUCCCUGAGACGUACCAGGUCCUCUUGGUCAGGACGUGCCUCAAGAAACUAUACGAAGUGACUCCAGAGAACUUCGAUGAACUCCGGAGGGAGUGCGAGGUCGUCAUGGAGGAAGCGUACGACGGAGGGGAAUCGCACGAAGCUCUGUCGAAGGAAGCGAUGAGCUAUUUCGUUUGGGCUCAGCGCCGUGUAGAGCAGAUCAGGGAUGAGCGGAAGGCCAAGGAGGCCCAAGCAGCAGAAUCGGCCCAACAGAUGGUCGACGUUGUUGACGAGCCCAUGCCGUCGGUUGAGCCCGCAGGAGAAGAACAUGUGAUGAAGACCAUCGCUGUGGAGACGCAGCCUCAUGUGGAGACGCCCGAAGAGAUGGAGCAGAGGAUCCGGAGAGAGCUGCUGGACGAGAUGCGGCAGGCGAGGACGCCCCCCACGCGGAGAGAGACCGAGGACGAGAUGCGGCAGAGGCUCAGGGCAGAGCUCAUGCGCUAG